UCCUCGAUAUGAUUUAUUUAGAUCUCUUCUUGUUAUUUCUUAGGCUGUCCGUUGGUGGGCGCUAAGUGGAGGAGGCCGUUGGAGCGAAUGGAUAGGACGCCUGCCUCCAUCACAUGGUCCAGCGUAACCGAGAAACCUCGAGCACAGAUGGAGCAGGACGGGAAACCGAGAGACGAGCCCCAGUGGAAGCGGCGAGAAGCAUCCUCUGAAAUAGAAACAUAAGCUGCCCCCUUCUGCAGCAGAAACGGAAAAACGGACGCAAGAAAAAAAGCAACAACAAAACCGACAGUUUUGCACAGUGUCAUGCUGCUUUCGCGUUUAAUAAAAUCACGGAAGAGUCAGGGAAGGUUGUGAGUGAGUGGGGGGGUGGAUCUUUGCAGAUAAUGAAAUCCAAGGCGCUUGUUGUCCCAAGUGAAUUGAUUUGAAGAGCUUGCAGAGACACAGAGCGACCGGGAUGCCGCCCAACAUCGCUCCUCCUAUUCAUCCGCGAGGUUAAGUUUUCCUGAUCACCCUCCUUCUGUGUGAGUGUGUGUCUGAGUGUGUGUCUGAGUGUGUGUCUGAGUGUGUUAUGGCGUCUGUGAUGGACGAUUCCUACCGUAAGGUGCUGUUGCUUGGGGCCAUCGCUGCAGCGUCAGCCUUUGUGGUCACCAUCGUCAUCGUGGUGGUUUGUGUGGGCUGCCAAAGGAAAAACAAGACCAAGCAUCCUCCGGCCAAUGGAGAGAAGGGCUCCUCAGUAGACCUGGGUGCUCUCCAUCAGCCCAAGAACAGCUCCAUCAGUAAAUCUGACACUAGGCUGCAUGAGAUCAACCGCUUGCCCCGCAACGGCAACAGUGGGGGUAAGAACCGUCCUGCCAGUAUGGACCUUCUCCUCCUCCACAGCCAUCGCUCCACCUCUGACCUCCGCCCCCCCCUUGUCCGCCAGCUCCCCCAGAUCCCCACCAGCCCCGAGGGGGAGGGAGACAUCCAGAGGGGAGGAGAAGAGGGGGUCAGAGACCCCACCUACACUGAGGUGGGGAUCCGGAACUCACCCGUCCGCUGCUUUGACAAUGGGCUGUACGAGAGUGUAGGGGUUAGAGAGGUUGACACGGUGCCCCCAGCUCCCCCACCCACAUCAGCCAACACCCCAGCAACACCGAGGACCUCACAGAGCCCCAACGGGACCCGCACUGACGAUGUCCUCAAUGGGAGCAGAAACACGAAUGGGAAUGGAAAUGCCAGAGGAGCUGUUAAUGGGAGCAGCAGAGGAGGGAAGGGGCCCAACGGUGCUAACGGAUCGGCCCUGCCCUCCCUGGCCCCCCAGGACCCCGUAACGGCAGAGUACGCCUCCAUACGGAAGGUCAAGAAGGUGGACGAGGCAACCAAGAAGGAGAACGGGAAUGCAGAGUCAGAUGGCCAAUCAAGUGUGGGAGAGUCACCCUCUGCCCCGCCCCCUCCACUGCCCCGCAGCCAGGAGUUUCUACAGAAACAGCUGGGUCCAUUCCACCUGCACGUCUUCCCAAAGGAGGCAGUGUUCAUGGGAAACGGGGAGCAGUACAUUUGGAAGCCCCCAGAGGACAAUGACAUCAUCACCUUGCACCCAGCGCCUAUACCCCCGGGGGAGAAUGGACAGGGAUACACACCCACAGCCAUGGAGAUUUCUGACACCUACUCCACUGUGUGUAAAACCCAGAAGAAGAAACCUCCCCCGGACAACAAUGGAGCCAAUACCCUCCCCCAAAACCAGUGCUCUGUGGAGGAGAAUGGAGGAGGUGGGGGAGGAGGAGGAGGAGGAGGGAAUGGGGCGUGGGUCGGUUCCGGGGGAGGGGUGAGGGGUCGUGGCCGGGGGAUCCAGGGUGGUCAGGCCCGAUCCCACGAGGAGCCCUGCUACGCGCCAGUUGGCGACAGGACCUGGCCCGCCUGUGUGGUAGCCAAGUCUGCCCCGGCGUACGCCACUAUAGACUCCCACCGAAAACGUGAGCCUGCAGGUACCAAUAUUGGUGUAAUGGGGUCAAACGCCACACUGAAGCUCAAGAAGAAGCCUCCUCAGCAGGAAUCGCCGUCUCCAGGGGCCCCGGGCCCCCAGGGACCUCCAGCAGGUCCCCCGGCUCCUCUAACCAAGGCCCUGCCUGGGGGGGAGAACUUCUAUGAGACCAUAAGUGAUGUGAAACAGGGUGCUAACACAGCCAGCACCACCACCAUCUUCACCUUCAACGACGGGAUGGAGAUGUACGUCACUGGCCUGUAGCUGAGAGACACUGGCUCACACACUGUGGGGAUCAGACCUGUUUGGGUUCUUCUGACCCUGUCUACACCUGGUAUGAGCUAUGAAAGGGACUGGCAACAAUGUAUAUAGCAAUGAGACCCACUGGUGAAACCAAGCAUCGGAAGUCACUUCCAUAAUACAAUGUCUCCAGUGAUAUGAUUGUGGCCACAUCCAGUGACAAAAGAAGAAGACGAUGUUUGGAGGUGGAUGUGGAGGCAUUCACCAGGUUUAGACAAGGUCUCUGACCCAGGGGCAGACACCAGACCCAACCAGUAGUGGAAAUAGACUUUUUGGUUCACUGACUGGGGGAUUCCAGAUAGGGUUUCCAGUGCCAGUCGUAGCUUUGAAAUGAACCCAGUUCCAGGGGUUCCUCCUCAUUUACACCACUGGACCAACAGAACCAGAACUACUCUACGUCUUUGAGAUGUAUCACAGAGCCAGUCUGGCUAACCCAAUCUGGCUAAACCGAGCCUGAAUCAUUCGAGCCAGGCUCAAACAACUGGUCCAACAAGACCAGACUGAGCAUCACGUUUUGCACUGGAUAACAGUGUCACUAUUCCCUUUACCUUACCUUACACACCCAUUUGUGUGACAUUUUACAUAUAUAUUUAUUUUUGUAUAAAGAUGGUACCCUUAAUAAAGCAUGCCCUGUACAGAGCGCACAACAUGAUAACACGCAAUCACAGAUACAUGUGCAAACACACACACACACACACACACUGUAGGAAAACAUUGUUGUGCAUGAAAACACACAUUCUCACAAAGAUGACAGAGGAAAAAAGUGUGGAGACACCCUUCACUUAGAAGUCCCCACCCCCUGAUGACAUUGUCAGGCAUAUGUGUAUAGGUGGCAGGGAAGUCAGGCGCAGGAGAGUCAAACGGAGUGUAAAAUUGAGUCUUUUAAUAAAGUCCUAGUAACAUGCUCCAUAACACUAAACAGGAAAAGAACAUAAACAAAAUAUGGGUACGAAGACCCGACGCGCACCUAUACAACACUACACUGACAAUAAACAAUCUCUGACAAAGACAUGAGGGGAAACAGAAGGUUAAAUACACAACAGGUAAUGAAUGGGAUUGAAAACAGGUGUGUGGGAAGACGAGACAAAACCAAUGGAAAAUGAAAAAAGGAUCAAUGAUGGCUAGAAGACCGGUGACGUCGAACGCCGAGCACCGCCCGAACAAGGAGAGGCAACGACUUCGGCAGAAGUCGUGACAGACAUGAUAUAUAUUUUUUGUUAAUAAUUAUUAUUAAAUACAUUUCGAUUGAUCAGGUAGCACCCCUACUUCACGCGGCUAUGUUUAUAUUGUUCCUUUCUGUUCCUGUUUAAAUAUAUAUAUUUUCUUUACAUUUAGCUCAACAUUAAAUUACUUCAGUGCGGAUCGAAUCAGUGCGGAUCGAGCAGAUUGCUAUGGAGCGGGCAAGCUAUUUACAUGCAUUGGACAGACGAGUGUUGAGCACAAUAUGCGACUGAAAUUUGGCCAGUGGGGAGUGAGCGAGAGAGGGUGAAGAAGGCUUGGCUUGAUGCGCUGGGCAUCUUGUUGUUAUGAUAUGCAUUAUCGGAAUUAGGGCCACAAAAUUAUACCUACGGAGGAGUGGCUUGAAGGAACUUAGAAUGUCUUUGAGCUUCAGAGAGUUGGCUUAAUGUUGGACCAGCUAGCUAGCUAGCUAACUAACAAGCUUCUGUGUGCAGAGCGGCACCAGAAUGAAAAGACGAACAUGUCUUACCUUUUUGUGGUUAAUAAAUGUGAAAAGUGAUAAUUAUAGUAUCCUUAACUAGCAUUGAAAAGGUUAAUCUAUUCUUCUCUAAUAAAAACAUCUCUCUCUAA